AUGAACAGCUCCGUGCCUGGCAGCCAGCUGAGACCCCCCGAGCCGCAGGACGUGGUCGUCACUCCCGUGUCCAUCGCCAGGACGGUGACGAGGAAGGCGGACGCGCUGCCCAUGAUCUCGGUCAUCGUGGUCAUCUUCGUGCUGCUGGCCGUGCUCAUCAUCCUCGUGGUGCACUUCGGCCCCCAGCUCCGCACCGUGCACAUCACCCUGUACCACGAGCCGCUGCCGCAGGACCUGGACAGAGGCGUGCACCUCAUGCACUGGAAGCAGCUGGACCCCCAGGGGAAGUGGGAUGUGCCUGGCAUGGAUCUGGCUGGAGUGAGCUGCCAGUGCUCCUGCAGGCACCACCUUCCCGGCGGGAGCGCUGAGCCCAACGUCAUCGAGGUCACGUACCUGUGA